AUGCCGCGAUUACAAACGCGGAUCAUCUAUGGAUUGCGUACGAAUAUCACUGGAAACGCUCAUUACGUCAAUGACGAUGAAGUUGUUUAUCUUGUUGGAAAUAAUAUCUCAUUGCACAAUUAUUCCCAACAGCGACAAAGGUUGUAUCGAUUGAUCGACAAACGCAAAAUAAACACGAUGACCAUCUCUCCUAACAGAAAAUUUGUUGCGCUAGCUGAAUAUAGAGAUAAGCCACUGAUCUCUAUUUACGAUUUGAAAAGCUUGAAAAAGAAAAAAGUAUUUGGCGUUCCCUCCGAUUCCAUUGAAGUUACCAGUUUCACCUGCUUAUCAUUCACUCUAGAUAGCAAAUACUUAGCAGCCGUCACUAACGAGACGCAGACAAUGAUGUUUUAUAAUUUUGAAAAGGGUAAAUUGGAAUCGAGCUUGGAAGUGGGAAAUUUGCAAAUCGUUGAAUCGAAGAUAAAUCUGAUAUCUUGCAAUCCCGGCGACACCAGCAUCAUAGCACUUGGUGGAACGUACGUUUUCAAAUUUUUAACUCUAUCCGAGAAUAUUUGGUGUCCCUAUGGCUUUUCAAAAGCCGAUAAUUUGAUCAUCACGUCACUCGCUUGGCUGAACAGCGACCGUUUACUCGCCGGCACGGUAGACGGUCGAAUUCUCUUUUUCGAGAAUGGCGAUCUGAAGAACAUAUACACGAUGUCGAAUACUACCAUUAUGAAUUUCAAAAUUAAGGAAGAAUUUGUAAUACAUAAUACAACCUCUCAGACAAAUAUUGACGAAAAGUCAAGUGUCAACUUUCAACGAAUACAAAGUAUUAUUUCAUUCAAUAAUGGAUUCGCAUUUGCUUUCGGCUACAGGACGGUCAUUGUUUUUGAAAAAAACAAUCAGUACACAUACACAAAACGAAAUGUGUAUGUUAUUCCGUCGCAAGUGUUGAAAGAUGACGAUGAUUCAUUAUAUAUGGUGAAUACCAUAAGUGCGAAUCCAAGCGGCGAUAAGCUGCUUAUCACCACAGGAUGGUCAAAGUUAUUUUACGUAACAAUGUGGGGUCCCGAAUAUGCGAGCGAAACGGAGCCGCAAUACUUUAAAGUGUUGGGUAACGAUUUGCACCAUGGACCUAUCGGUGGACUUUCCACUUGUAGCUGGAAAUCGCACGUUAUGACCUUUGGAAAAUUCGAUCGGAGCAUCCGAUUAUGGGACUUUCACACGCAAAAUUUGAUUAUGAUGAAGCUGUAUCUACAAGACAUUACAUGUACUGUCCUACAUCCAUUGGGUCUUUUCUGCCUUAUUGGAUUUACCGAUAAAUUAAGAUUUAUGAAUAUUCUAAUUAAUGAUUUAUCAAUAAUAAAGGAGUUUCCCAUUAGGAACUGUGAGGUAGCUGCAUUCAGCAAUGGAGGGCAUCUUUUUGCAGCCGUUAAUAGGAAUAUUAUGUUAGUAUAUUCAACGAUAGAUUUUGAUAUACGCUUUCAAUUAAAAGGUCACGUUGAAAUUAUACAAGAAAUAAUAUGGUCGCAAAAUGAUGCGAAACUCGUAAGUAUUGGAUUAGAAGGCGCUAUCUAUCAAUGGGAUAUGAAUACUGGAGGUCGAUUAUCGGAAAUUGUCUUAAAAGGAAUAACAUUGUGCGGAAUCGUUUUAGCAGCCGAUGCAUCUACAGUCUACUGUAUAUCUAAAGAUAAUAAAAUUUACGAAAUCAAAGAUAAUUCGAACAUUUAUUCGUUCAACAUUCCCAACAUUCAACCGACAAAGAUACUCAUGGGAAAAAGCGAUUCGCUGAUGUUUAUUACUUAUUCUGGUGGAUUCGUGGGAUUAUUAAAAUCUCCUAUUCAAGAUCCAAUUGAAUUUAAGGAGUAUCAUUUUCAUCAUUCUGAUAUCACUCAGAUACGUUUGUCAUAUGACCAGCAAGUUUUGAUAACAACGGACUCUGUCGGUACCAUCUGCUUCUGGAAAAUAUCGUACGCCGACGGGAAAAUAGGAUUGUUGUACCGAGAUUUUUUUAAUUUCAAUCAAAUCCUCAUAAGCAGAACCGACCUUGCUGGUAAAAUGCAAAUUAUUAAGGACCUGAACACACGGUUGAAGGAACUGCAGGCCGAGCACGAUUACCAGACGCGUCAAACCAUUCUUCAGCACAACGACAAAGUCCUGCUGAUCCACCAGAAUUACUGCGAGGCCAUCGAAGAGUUACGGGACAAGAUCGACAAGCUCGAGCAGAGCCACACUAACGAAAUUAAUAACAUUAACAUCGAUAUAGAUAAUACGAAAAAAAUACACGAGGAGACUAUGCACCAAAUGGAGGUCAACUAUGACGCCAAAUUAAUUUUCGAGUACGAUAAGUACGAUAAGCUCGAGGCGGAUUUCAAUGCUAUGAGGCAAAAUUAUGAGGAUAAAUUGGAUAAUCUUAUGAAAACCAGCAAAGAUGAAUUAGAUAGCGUCAUAUCUAAACACGAAAUUUUCAUGCAAGAAAAGGAAUUACAACUGAGAGAGGCUCACGAGGAAAUGUCAAAAAACGUGCAGGUACACGAGAUCAUUAAGAUACAAAUGGAAGAUGAUACGGAUCGUGAAAUCGUGGAUUUGCGAACGAAUUACGAGUCGAAGUUGUACGAAGAACGCCAGUUCGUGCUAAAAUUAAAGGGCGAGGCAGGCGUUUUGAAGAGUAAGCAGAAGACAUACGAAAAGGAAGUUGAGGACUUAAAGUGGCAAUUGAACAACCUAAAAGAGGAAUACACGCAUUUAAUAUCUAGAAAGGAGGAAAUGGAGAAGUUUAUUACCGAUUUGAAGGACGAAUUGUUAAACAAGGAGUCAAUGAUUACGGAUAAGGAUAAGAAUAUAAAGAGGCUCGAUUGUAAUAACCGUGAAUUGGAAAAGUUCAAGUUCGUAUUGAACGAGCGCAUAAAGGAGUUGAUGUCGGAAAUAGAACCGCGCGACAAGACGAUCGACGAGCUGAAAAAGAAGGUGGACGACAUGGAGGCAGAGUUGGUGGGUUUGAAUAAGGUGCGACGGGGCUUGGAAUCGCGUCAUUACGAGCUCAAGGGCAAGCUGAAUACCUUGCGGCAGGAAUUCAACAAGGAGGAGCUGCGACGCAAGCGCUACCAGAAGUUAUUGAGGAAGAUUCGUAUAGAUUUGCUCGAAGCUGUCGGACUGAUACAGGAUCCAAUGGCCUUGAAGAACUGCGUCAUUAAACUGUACCGUCGCUACAGCGAUGUCGAUGAGUUCCUGCGUAGUCAUAAAGCGGACAUGGAUGCCCAGUGCGAAUUCAUGAAGCAGAGAAACCAUCUUGAGAGGUCAAUAGCGAUAUUGAAGAAGCAAUUGGUUCGCACCGAUCCGAUAGUCGAGGCUAAGCUCAAUAAAGUUCUCGAAGAGAAUAUCAUGCUCCUGGCGGAGCUCAACUCGUUGAAAGAGGAGCUCAAGAGCGCGCAGAAGCACAUCGGCGAUAUGGAGAAUCUUCUCGGUGCCGAAAAGGAAAGGAUCACGCCAAUGGAGGCAAAGGCUAACCACGCCAAGGUCUUCCAUGACAACGAGCAGUUGGAACAGCAUUACCAAACCGAAAUCCAAGAGUGCAAGAGUAUAAUUGGUCUUCUAAUGGAAAAUAUCGACAGAUUGACUUGCAGACACGUGGAGCUAAAUACAUAAAACUACAAAUAGGCUUAUGUGUUUUAAUACGGCGAUCAAUAGAAAUUUAU